AUGUCCACUUUCGGUGAUAGUAAAAACCAUUACUCGACCCUGCUAACCGAGUGCCAUCUGGAAGGACUGAAGCAGGAGCUGUAUAUACGCGAACGGAUUGUGAUUUUUAUCCAACGAACCGAACUGUGGAACCGGAUUAAACGGUACAGUUUGGAGUUUCACGAACGGUUCGUUGAAGCCGGGUGCAAUCCGGACUUGCUGCUGGGGCCACUGAUCGUGACACUGGAAAUAGAUUACGGUGCACUGAAGAAGUUUGACAACGGCGUUCUGGAAAACUUCAUCCGGGAGCCGAUCUACUACGAAAAGGCAUUCCGAGAGGUGACUCUGAGCAUAGCAAAUUCCUUCUUCGAACAACUGGAACGGUCAUUUAAGGUUCGACUGGAACAGAUCUACUGCCGAUUGCGAACGAAAUUGCCCCUUGAAGAGCGGUACUUGUUUCGGACGCAACCGAAAAACGUGUCCAUAGGGUUGACGGUGUUCCGGUGCGUUGUCCAAGGGUACAGUUCCCUGCAGAAGUAUAUCCUGCAAUCGGUUUGGUUGUGUUCGGUCGACCCGCACCGCAUUGCCAUCACCGGUGAAAUCAAGCGGGCUCCCCAGUGCGAAGACUGUGGUGCUCCCAUGCAGGAACAUCAACGGAUCCGCGCCGUUUCCGACUUGUGCACCGUACGAGCGUUCGCUUCCGACAGUCUCAAGACACGUACGACCGUGGGUCGAAUCUAUCAGAGUAUUCUGGUCCGUUUGGCUGACGAUCUGUGUGAACCACUGAAAUUGGGCCACGAAUACGUCAUUACCGGUGUGUUCAACCCGUUGAAUCAGCUGUUUAACGCGUGGGCAUUCGAGGAGCUGUAGCG